AUGGCGCCCGACCUACAGCGACCGGUCCUCCGCCUCGCCCGAACAAGAGACGAAGGAUCGCAUUGGCUUGCAGCAGCUGCAGGCAUCGGAAGUCGCGCUGUGAUGGGCGGCGACCGAACUGCUCUCUAUGUGAGGAACUGGGAUGCGAAUGCUAUUACGAGGAAGCACAGCUAUUUUGAGAAGCUCGAAAAGCGGCUCAGGGACAUUGAGGAUAAAUUGGAUCAGGUGCAGGAAAACCAGACCUUAUCACCGACCGGUGGAACUGCUUCAUCUGCCCAUCGUAAAGAGGAACGUGGUUCGAAUCUGGAGCGAACUAUCAGGAGUAUCAACCCUGGAGCUUCCAGGGAUCCUCCAGAGGAGGAUUUCGGGGAUCUAGAUACAACAGAAGAUCCGAUCGAUGGCAUGGGUGCCAUCAAAUUUACUGAGGAAGAGGACUGGGGAUAUUUUGGCCCUUCAUCGAACAUUGCAUUUCUACGCUAUAUUUCCGUCGCUUUGGCACGGACAGAAUCUUGGAGCCAAGACCCGCUGAGUCUUCCCCCGGCGGCUCCUUCUGAUGAAAUCGCCAGCGGCGUGAAUGUCUCGCGACCGCACCACGCCGAGGACGAUGCUGCCCGAAGACAGCAAAGCCGCGUAUAUGGAAAAGUUAACAUGCAUGCCCUGCCAUCGGAAGACCGGGCAUGGACUCUUAUCAAAGAAUACUUUCAGAAGACUGGUCAGCUGUUGCCAUUCGUCCACGAAGAGUCAUUUUGUGCGACCUUUCUCGAGAUGAAGAGGAGCAACUUUACCAAAGCACGGAGAACAUGGCUUGGGUUGCUGAACAUUAUUUUUGCCAUGGCGACAACCCUCUGUGUCGAGACUGAUAUGUCAACAGAAAAAAGGAUUGAAGAGUCGGAUGUGUUUUACCAGCGAGCCAAUGAAUUAUGUGACAAAGAAUCCAAACGGAACAUCAGUCUAGAGCUUGUCCAAUAUCUUCUUAUCUUGGGUCAAUAUCUUCAGGGGACGCAAAAGUCCGUCCAAGCCUGGACCGUGCAUGGUUUGGCAAUCACAACAGCCUUCCAACUGGGCCUCCACUCACCCAAAUCCAAUAAACGAUUUCCACCCCUCGAAAAUGAAAUUCGGAAGCGGGUUUGGCUUGGAUGCAUCUUACUAGACAGAUCCUUGAGCAUGACCUUCGGGCGACCGGCGAUGAUCCCUGAAAGCUAUUGCAAGCUAGAUCUACCGGCUGCAACCUUUCAAAUUGUGGGAAACUCCACAUCAUCCUCAAAAGAACCGCGCGGCGAUGCCACAUUUUAUACAGCAACAGUGACCCUGUAUGACGUCAUGUACAGGAUUAUCGACUCCUGCUAUGGCCAAAACUUGGGGCUUGACGAAACCCGCUCGGAUUCGGAUCUUCUGACCGUCAUUCUCAAGGGAGAAGAACAGCUGCACGCAUGGAAAUCGUCACUUGCCUCGUUACAGAUGUCCCUGUAUACGGAGCCUAUAGGGAAAGACACCCUCCAAAAUAUGAAAUCUUCCAACAAAAUAUUGCACCGGUUUACGAUCGUGCUCUCUGUGCGAUAUCACAAUCUGAAUAUUCUCCUCCACCGACCGUCGCUAGAGAAAUUCCUCGAUGUUUGUGGACGAGGCGCAUCCAACAACGAGCAUGCGAGCCAAUGCAUGAUUCAACACUUUGGAAUCGCCAGUAUUGAAAAGUGCGUUCUCUCAGCGAUGACUGUCAUAUCUAUCGUGCGGACUGUCGUGCUCGCAGAGGGCUGGCAGCGAGACCUGCUCGGUGCAUGGAAUUAUUCGUUAUUUUAUACAUUUAAUGCCGCUUUGGUGAUAUUUGCGGCAAUGCUGGUGGCCCGUCACGACCAUCACCACAACGCAGACCGCGUGUCGCUCUGGAAAUUCAUCGAAGGAGCUCUACCGUAUUUCGAAAUGGCCGUUGAGGCGCUCCAGAGCCUCGACCGCGGAAAUCGCGUCGUAGACCGGUGCAUUGGUUAUCUGUGUCAGCUGCCCAUAGCUCGCGUUACUUCU